AUGACCUUAGACAAAGCCUUUAAAGCGGCCCUCAUCGUCGUCGACCUGCAAGAAGACUUCUGCCCACCAAAUGGCAGUUUGGCGGUGACUGACGGCCGCUCUAUUGCGCCUGUCAUCAACAAGCUUCUACAAUUGCCAUGGGCCCUUCGCGUAGCAACAAAGGACAUGCACCCCAAGGACCACAUCUCCUUCGCAUCCAACCAUCCUCCGCCGAACAACAAACCCUUCGAAUCCUCCAUUACCAUCUCGAAUCCUCAUAACCCUGACGAGACACAAUCCACGCGACUCUGGCCCGUCCACUGCAUCGCUGGCUCGCCGGGCAGUGAACUCAUCCCUGAACUCGAUGUCGGUCACAUCGACCACGUCGUCGAGAAAGGACAAGACAAGAGAUUGGAGAUGUACUCGGCCUUCUGCACACCUUUUCUCAACCCCAAGAUCGUCGAGACUGGGUUGGCAGAUACGCUCAGGGAAAGGGAUAUCACGCAUGUGUUUUGUGUGGGAUUGGCUGCAGACUUUUGCGUCAAGGCCACUGCUGUUGAUGCUGCGAAAGAAGGCUUUGAAACCUUUGUCAUCCGAGAGGGUACAAAAGGUGUUGAGCAAGGUGAUGAGGCUGACAAAAAGCUCGUUGAAGAGCUAAAAGAGCACAAUGUCACAAUGGUGGCUGUGGAUGGACCUGAAGUCGCAAAGGUCAGAGACCUGAAGUAG